AUGACAGAAUUUACCAUUCCUGAAAAUUUAUCUUCUAAAACCUUUUGUCCACGUGCAAUAUUUUGGACAAACAUAACAUUACUUGGCUUUAAUCCUUCAAUACAUGCAACAGGAUCUUAUUCCGUCAUCAAAUUCGACCAAAAUAUGUUUACUCAAGGUCCAAGUAGUGUAAAAGCUAUGGAAAUUAUCAUUUGGUUUCUAUUUAACGAGCUGGAUAGUGAAUUAGCAGAAACUAAAUUCUAUAAAUGCUGGCCGAUAAUAGGUUUAGAAGAUAGUAGAGAGUUUCGAUCUUUGGCUUAUAAAUGGUUGGAACAAUUAAGAAGAGAGAGAUGUUUUGUUGGUGGUGAUAAUAUUGUGUUAAGGAAAUCUAUGUUUGAUGAAUGUGAUGAUGAUAGAUUUUAUAAAUUGAUGAUGGUGUUUUCAAAUUAUGUUUUAAAAGAAAAGUUGAAAAAAGAAUUUCCUGAAUUUCAAGCUCAUUUGAUUGAUUUCGAGUCAGUUAAAGAACAAUCUCUAGAAUUCCAGAAAAAUACAUUAAUGUCGCAUAUCAAGAUACAAACUGAUAAAUUUUUAAGCAAUACACAAAAAAGAGUGGCAAUUUAUGAUCAAUGGAAAUCAUUAGCUGAUAAUAUUACACAGCAAUUUAAGGAUAUAGUAAAUCAAAAUAAUGAACUAGAGAAAAAAUAUAGUGAAUUAUAUAAAGGAUCAAGUUCAUUUGAAGUAUUUGGUAUAGUUUCAGUUGAAGAUCUUGAAUCCAUAAGAAAAGAAUAUUUGCAAGAAGUUCGUUCAUUAUGGAAUAUAUGUUUGGAUUGUAUCAAGAAGUCUGAUAGUUAUCAUGAAUGUGUUGAUCAUAUUAUCAAUGAUAAUACCAAUAAAUAUAAAUUGGAUGGUAAUAAUAUUAAUUUAAAAGUUCCCGAAAUAAUAAUUAAAAAAUGGGAAAAUCAAUUUCAAUUGGAUUCUGAUGAAGAAUUUGAAAAGUAUGACCCCACUCUUCAAAAUGUUUUAGAUCAACAAUCUUUACAUUGGAUUUUCGUCGGUGGAAAGGGUGGUGUCGGUAAAACUACUACAUCAUGCUCACUUGCCGUACAAUUAAGUAAAGUUAGAGAAUCAGUUUUACUGAUAUCAACCGAUCCUGCUCAUAACUUGAGUGAUGCUUUUGGACAAAAGUUUAGUAAAGAAGCGACUUUAGUUGAAGGCUUUACAAAUUUAUUUGCCAUGGAAAUCGAUCCUACAUCAUCGAUUCAAGAAAUGUUAGAUCAAUCUGAACAACAAGGUGGAGGUGCGAUGGGAGCAAUGAUGCAAGAUCUUGCUUUCGUAAUUCCUGGUGUAGAUGAAGCGAUGGGAUUUGCAGAAGUUAUGAAACAAGUUAAAACAAUGGAAUAUUCAGCUAUUAUUUUUGAUACAGCACCAACUGGUCAUACUUUACGGUUUCUAAGUUUUCCUAGCGUGUUGGAAAAAGCUCUUGCAAAAAUUUCAGAAUUAAGUGGUCGAUUUGGUCCAAUGUUCCAACAAGUAAAAAAGAUUAAAUGA